UACACAAAUGUGGAGGUGCACACAGCGCAGAUGCCUUCGCUUCGAUUAAAAUCCGCUGUUAAACGUCAUUGCGAUUGUUGCUGGCUUGUGUUUGUUGUCUUGUUUUGUAUCGUUAAUGACGUUACGUUAUGUUGCAUACGAUACUAAUACAAAAACCCGAGUGCAAUUUCUGAUGCAAACCAAUGAAAUUCAUCAAUACUCCAGCAAUGGAAGGCAUCACCGCACGCCGUGGCCAUUAUUAGAAUAAUGGCGUCCUAAGUGCCACCAGACAGACUUUCAUUGAAAUGGAGCUCAAAGUAUGGGUGGAAGGCAUUCAGAGAAUUGUUUGUGGUGUUUCUGAAGCUACUACAUGUCAGGAUAUUGUGUUUGCAUUGGCACAUGCUACUGGAAAGUCUGGCAGAUUCACACUCAUCGAAAGAUGGAGAAAUAAUGAGAAACAGUUGGCACCUAAUGAAAAUCCCAUGAAGAUUCUCAUGAAAUGGGGUGAAUAUUCAAAUGAUGUGCAAUUUAUACUGCAAUGGAGUGAGUCUAAGUCAAAACAGAAGAUUUCAUCUCCAACAUCACCUAUCUCACCUACUUCUACCAUGCAAAUACCAAAUAAAAUUACAGUAAAUUCGCCAGAACAUCAGAAGAGCUCAUCUGGACUUAGUGAAAAUGUAGGAGUAGUGAAAGGUAUCCCACAAGUACGACCCGUGUCAUUAGAGGUGCGUGAAUCUAUGCAUUCAUCACCCAAAAAGCAGCAAUCAUUUGCUGAUGCACCAGAGUAUGCUAGUCAGCGUAUUGCGCCUCCAUACAAAGAUCCGCCGGCACCGCCACCGUAUCGUGAUCCACCGCCUCCAUCGUCUUCGAAUAACAAUAAACACUCAAAAAGUUUAGAUAAUGAUGAGUCUGAUGUGAAGUAUCCCAAACUGGAGGAGGCAGUGUUAUACAAUUCACAGUAUAGGGAGCUGGUGACUUUAGUAAAUUAUCAAAGGGAGAAGCUGUCUCUGCAGCAGGUUGAUCUCACUAAGUUUGACGCCGAAAUUGUGUUCUGGGAGAGUAAGGAACGAGAAAAGCAAUUUCAGUUGGAUUUUAUCGCUCAAGAAUUAGCCACUAUGACAAAUGCUAGUAGAAUAAAUAGUGAUCAAAUCCAAUCUCUAAGCUAUGUGGAGGAAGAAUCUGAAAUUGUUAAACAGCAAGAGAAAACACUCAAGUCUGAAAUUACAUUGUUAAGGUCUAAGUUGGCAAACUGUGAAACUGAAUUAUUGCAAUGCAAAAAUAAAAUAAGAUUGGUAAUGGAUGAAUUGCAACUAGAGCAGCGCGCGAUUGUACGUAGGAACGAAUCUCGUAAACAAAUGGAGCGUAAUCUACUCGUUGAAAUGGAGCGUUUACAGAAUGACCUCGAGUUAGCCAAACAAGGCACCGAUAUGCAUCAGAUGACUGCUGAUACGCUACGUAAAGAAGGACUUUUCUUACAGGUUGCUUCCUUGGAAUCAGCGAUAAUUGAAAAGAAGAAACAAGUAGAGCAUUUGGUCACCGAAAUGAAGGAAGCUAAUUUGGAAAGUUUACUGAUAGCACCACAGGAUGAACUCAAGCAUUUGUUCGAAGGACCCAAUAGGGCCGGCAGCACGCGUAAAAUGAUCGGCUCACCUAGGCAAUUAGAAAAUGCAGUUCCCACAAAUAAGAAUCCGCACGGGGUUUGGGUGUGAAUGUCUUCUAGCUCUCUGUAUGACGUCGUAUGUAUAUGUGUAUACAAUUUGCAGGAUAUCAAACUAGAUUAUGUACUUAAUUUUUGAGUCUGAUGUAACACUUAUGAAUAAGAAAUCAAAAAGCCAUUUAUAUUGAACAAAUUACGUGUAGGCCUCAAAUUUGGCAUAUCAAACUUUAUUACAAUAGGCCUGACUGGAAUGCUAUACUGAGCAUCAAAAAUUAUAACUGUUUAAAGAACAUUUAGCUGAGAAUCAAACGUUUCCACUGAUGGAGACGAAUCUUGUUUCCACGUAUUUGCAUUUAUGUACUUAAUUAUCACCAUUGACAUGUAGUAAUUGCACGCGCAAAAAGAUUUAUGAAACGUAUUAUUGUUAGAAAUUUAGAUGAUAUAUAGAUGAUAUAUUGAAAAAAGCGAUUGCGUGAAUAAUUCUUUGCGAUAGUGAUUGUGUUUGAUUGAUUUGAUAUUUUAAUGUUAUUUAUUUUAUAAGUAUUUUAGAGAGUUUGAUUUGCAAUUUAUGCUGGUGCACAAUGGGAUCUGUUUAUUUAUGUCACUGCCAUAAUCUCGAACAUAAUUGAUUUUAUGAAUUUUAUAUUAUGAAAGAUCCUAGAAAAUACGAUAUUGAUAAAUAGAUAACUAUUAAAUGAAAGAA